GCUAAAGCUAUCAAACACUUGAUAUAUUUAUAUAACAUUGAUAACAUUUCCAUAAAUCAUAAUGGAAGCUCGUUGGAAAGCUAGCAUGCUUUUAUUUUGUCUUUCUUUUAUUCUCAACUUGUUUUCCAAAAAGUUAAUAUAAUUAAGUGAUAAUAUACUUGUUAAUUAGACGGCAAAGAAGAACGUAGAUACUCGAAGAAAAACAAAAAAUUAAUAAACCCCAAUAGUAUGAAUGUUUCGACCAACAAAUGCUGGGCUAGUGGUGAGAAUUAGAAAUGUAUAACAUGCUCCGUUUGAUGGAUUGUUCUAUUACUUCAUUUGUCGCUGGCUCGCUGCUUUGUUUGUAUUUUUUUUUGUAUCUUGAAUUUUAGAAUCGACGAUAUUAACCCUCUGAUGACAAUUUUUACAAAACGAUUAUCAUACCUACAAAAUAUUCGGAGAACUUGUACACAUGAGCAGAUGCAUGCAACAAUAAUUAUUAGAAUAGUUUGUUUUCUUUUGUCUGUCAAAAAGAGUUUCCAUUAGCCAUAUCAAUAAUCUAAUCUAAUGCCCGAAAACUAUACAACGAUAUACAAUACUUUCUCUGUUAAAAUUAUAAGUAGUUUUGCCUAAAACACACAAAUAUUAGAAAAACAUAUUAUGGCUUUAACAUUUAAUUAAAUGGAGAAAAUAACCAAUAACAAAACAUACUUCUAACUUUAUUUUUAACUUUUAUUUAAAUAUCAUUUUAUUAUAUUACUUUUUAAUUACAUUGUGAAAAACAACUUACGUUACAUUGUGAAACAAACAAAAACUUUCAAAAUUAUUUGUAUGUUGAAACAGAAGAAAGUAACAUUUUUUCAGAAUUCCAGUAAUAAAUAUUUUAAAAACAAUUGGUGCUUAGUGCUUACUUGGUAAUUGGUAUGCCAUUAAACAAUGAGACUAGUAGUAGAAAAUUAAACAUUUUAUCUUUUAUUGACCAAAGCACAAGUUAUCUAUCCAAUCAAAAUUUGGCAUGGAAUAAUCUAUUUUUUUACAAAAAAAAUACAAAAACAGUUGAAAAAGCUGUCACAUCAGUCCCAUUUUUCAGCAAUUGCAUAUACCUAACUACUUAAUUUAUCAAAUUAUUUUAAUCUCACGUUCGUAAUUAAUUGUAUGGAUUUCAAAUGCCUUUUCUCUAUAAUUUUUUAUCUAUAUUCACGUAUCGGACUAAUCAACAUGGAAAAUAUGUCAUUUGUUUUAAAAUACCAAUUAAUGUCAAGAUAAGGCUUAAAACAGAACCAAUCAGAUAAUUAACAAAACAAAUGGUAGCAAGAUUUGCCCCUAACAAAAAAAAACUCAUUUGAUCUUUUAGUUUUUAAAUCCCUCGAAUUUAUCUGAUUACCACCAUCACAUUCUAUAACUUCCAAGUCAGGACAUGGUCUCAAACGGUUUCAUCUUAACAUCAAUUAUGCUGACAGGAUAAUCAAAUUAAUAUACAUGUAUAUUCAUGUUUUCGAUAAAUAGUUUAUUUUCUAGGAUAUCAUGAAUUAUUUUCUAAUUUUAUAAAACUAUGUUAACAAACCAUAUUCUUAAAUUAUGUAUCAAAAUAACUAAAUAAUAUUAGAAAAAUCAGCGCUUAGCGUCGGUAAACUGGACAUAUAUCUGAAACACUAAAAUGUUCUUGUUUAAGUCACAUGUCAAAGGAUAGGCCACAAUUAGGAUACAUAGAGCAUCAGACAAAAACCAAACUAAACCAAAUCUUCAACGGACCAAAUCCAACUAAUUUUGGGGUUUAGUAUCGAUCAAAGCUUAAAAAACCGGAAAAUUAUCAAAAACCGAAUCAAACCGAAAAAUCGAUCGUCACGCACAUUGUUACACUCCAACAGCAUCUCUUUCCAUCGUUUGUAUCUAUCAUUCUCGCGAUUAUCUAUCAACCUUUCCCCCAUCAGUCUCUCCGAUAAAUGGAUCCAAUUGCUUCUAUGGUGGAGAAAGUGAAGAGCUUUGCGAAAUCGAGCCAAGACUUAGCCUCCCGCCAGAAUCCGGUAUCUUCCAUCCCGUCUCCUUCUUCUUCUUCUUCGACCUCUUGAUUGAAAUGGAUUGAUAUCUUGAAGCGGUUGCAAAGAGAAGCAUUCUCUGAUCUGAUGAAGCUCAGAGACAGACAAGAGAAAGUUGAGCGGAUACUUUCCUCUUAUAAACUCUCUAAAGGAGGUCCCUUUCGAGAGACCAGCACCCUUGUGAAGGGUGAAGUUCACGCCCUUGGGGGAAUGCUGCUGAUGGGAAACACCGACGAGGAGAGUUUCGUUGGACUCGAGAGACAAGGAGUGAGACCUGGAUUGCUUUCGAGGUUCGUGUUCGAAACGAGUCUUAGGGAGACGGAUAAGCUUGUGGCUGAGCUCGUUGCUGGAUACAAAGGAGAGCACAGUGAUGGUGUUUCAGGGAAACAGGAGCUGUCUUUAGCUAAAGUCUUUUACAAGGCGGAGGUUAAUGAUUGGUUAUCUGCAGUUGCUAUUCCCGUUGGCGCGCGUUUUAGAGACAUUGAUGCUGAUGCUUCUCUUGUGUCUUCUUACCAGGGGAGGAAUCUUACAGAAGUUUCUGAACUUGGACCACCUCUUUUGAACCAACAUAAUGGUAGUGCCAUUGGAUUAACAGUCAGAAAGUCAAACAUGGCAGCUUCUCUGGCUCAAUCCAUCACAAACCUUGAAGCUGAACAAGGUUUGAAUGCGAGGAGUCGCUGUCUCAGAACUUUUGGGCAAGUAACCUGCAACAUUCUGAGUGGUGUGAAACUAUCUCUACUCGGCUGUCACCAGAUUUUAUCACCGUCUAACAGCCUCCACUAUCCUUCUGGAGCUGUUACAGUUCCAGUGAGUUUCCUAAGACGCCGUGUUGAUAUUGAUAUGGAGCCUGAAUCAUCAGCAACAACUCUGGAGAUGAGCAGAAGUUUGGAUCAUGUGUCGUCUAGCUUCAUUGGUUUGAAGGUAGACAGCUCUCUGAUGGACGAGUGUACGAGGAUUGGGGGAUGGAUUGAGAUUCAGAAGUCAAGAGAGAAGCAAGUGAAAUGGUCAGUGUCUAUUACAGACAAACCAGAGGAUGAAGUGGGAUGGGGCAUGAGCGUUGGGGGAGUCUUGGAUGGUUCAAGAAACCAUGAUCUGUUUCAAGUGGAAUCGUUUCUCAAAUUCAACAUAGGCAGCCGGUUUAGCUUAAGUCCAGGUCUUGUUUAUCUUGCCAAUAGUAACGGAAGAACCGUAGGUUUCAUGCUUCAGUCUCAUUGGUCUCUGUGAUUCCUUAAUGCUAGUCUUUCCAAGUACAUUCUUGGUUCUAUUUAACACUGAUUGCAGUUAUAAAAAAUACUAGUGUCUUAGCA